AGAUUGAUAGGACGGUGCGGCUGGGAUGGUGACUUCUGUUGAUCGUCGAGGACUGCUUGGUUGGCUGGGCGGUGGAGUGAGAGAUUUGCUGGAUGGUCGUAGCGGAAGAGCGUAUGUUUGCUUGAUGGAAGAGCGGCGUUGUUGGACGCAUGUCGGACAAUGCGUGAGGUUCUCGAACAUUGAUUUGCCGCAGGAGCACGUGGUGGAUUGAAGAUGUUGCAUGAUUGUUGUUGGAUUCGAAGAGCAGAGUGGGCAGGUCGACGCAGUAAAUUCGAUCGUUGAUGAUGAUGUUGCUGUGGCGAUGUUCGAAAGCAAGUCGAUGGAAUGCUGUUCUUCGAUUUCGAAACUUGGUUCUCUUGCGACGUCGAAAGCUGCAGCGGUCGAAGUAUUGUCUGCUACAGAUGUCUCUAAAGGCAGUGAUGCAGAGUGACGAGACAGUCCUCCUUGAGCCGCAUCCGCUAGGAACUGCUCUCCGAUAGGCGUGGGAGCUGCGGAUCGCGACAAACAAGCUAUAUUUUCCACGUGGUCUGGAGACAACCAAGAUCAAUCACUUGGAAAUGCCGGCUCUCGAUUGGAUGCGUAGUCGAUCGAAGUAGGAAGCCGCGGCUGAAAGCA